ACCAAAAAAUGCUCUGCUGGAAGCGAACACAGUCAAUCACUGUCGCGACCGAAACCGGCUCACCGUUCACCAAAAGCAAAUUUCGGUUCAGCAGUAACUGCCGCCAUGGACCCAUCCUGCGUCGUGUAUGUGGGAAAUAUUCCGUACGAAAUGGCAGAAGAGCAGGUCGUGGACAUUUUCAAACAGAGCGGUCCUGUCAAAUCAUUUCACCUGAUGAUGGACAAUGAAACGGGUCAGCCUAAGGGUUACGGAUUUUGUGAGUAUCAUGACAGAAGCACAGCAGUUUCUGCUGUGCGGAAUCUGCACAAUUACGAUGUUGGCACGCGUAGACUUCGCGUCGACUUUCCUACUCCAGACCAAAUUCGUCGAUUGGAGAAAAUGGGUGCUGCACAACAGGCUCCACCACUUGCACCAGGUGCUGUGAAUGCUCCUGUCUCUUCUACACCCCUUCCCGGGCAACCAGGCAGCUUGCUACCUCCAUUGCCAGCCGGUAAAUACCCUCCUCCAAAAAUGCUGGUUCCAGAGGCCAUCUCCCGAGUGCUGUCUAGUUACUCGGCGGCAGAACUCGACUCUGUUUUGAUGUCAACCAAAACCCUGUGUCAAGAGAACCCAGAUCAAAUGUGUCAGCUGUUUGACCUUUGUCCCCAAUACUCAUACGCCAUCUUUCAAGCGAUGCUCAUGAAAAACUACACAGAACCGUCUCUGUUACCCACCAUUCUGGCCGCUCCUCCUGAGCGUGCCACUCCCAGCACUUUUUCGCCUGCUAGCGCACCUAUCCCACCUGUUGCGCACCAUCCUUCAUACCCUCCGUACUCCGCACCUCCCCCUUCAUACAUUCCUCCUCCUUCCGUGAACCCGUCUGGCAUUCCCUCUGGCCCUGCAGCCAUGGCGGGAGCUCCUGCUGGUCCAUACGGUGGCGCCGUUCCCGGUUCCGCUCCCAUACCGUCUUCGUACUACGCUCGUUACACACCUCCUGUUCCCGACUACUACAGAGGAGGCACACCGAUGGGCGGCCAACUGCCUACGGGACCCGCGGCCAUCCGUCGCGGCACGACUCCGCUGAACAUGCCUCCCACAGGACCGGUUGCAACAUCGAUUGCUCCUCCACCAGUUGCCCCCGUUAGGGCUCCUUCACAAACACCGGCACCCGCAAAUGCUUCCCCUUCGCAAGCUGCCCUGAUAGCCCAGCUUAUGGCGCUAACGGACGAGCAAAUCAACAUGCUCCAACCUCACCAAAAAACACAGAUUCUCCAGCUACGCGAAGCUCUUAUGAAGAAGUAAAAAGACUCUUAAAAAAGAAGAAGAAGAAGCUCUUGUUCCCGGAUUAAUGACUCGUAAUAAUUCCUCACAUCUAACCCUGUAAAAAGGAGGGUUGACGAUGCGCGCGUUAAUUCAUUUCAGUUCUACAUUAUUUACAGCGACGAUAGCUGCUAGGCGCUUGGCCGCUUGUACAGUUGUAUGAUGGAGUCGCUGACAUAUACGACGCCUUCCACGGGACCAGGAACGGCACCCUUUACAAGUAUGCAAUCGUGUUCUGGGUGCACGGCCCAAACAAGCAUGUUUUGUACAGUUCGAAAUUGGUGGCCCAUGUGUCCAGACAUUUUCUUGCCUGGCAGCACACGUGCCGGGAUCUUUGCCUGACCCGUGCCACCAGCAGAGCGAUGUGAUUUCGAUGCACCGUGCGAAUCGUUGCCUCCAGAAAGCCCCCAUCGUUUCAUGACACCGGCUGUGCCUUUGCCUUUUGUGAGUGCUUUGACAUCCACGUGCUGUCCAACCUGAAAGUACUCGGGUGUAAGUACCGUUCCCACUUUCGGCAGGCAGCUGUCGUCCUUCACCUGGAAUUCCUUUACGUAUCGCUUCGGAUACACGCCGUUCGCGCUGAAAUGUCCCUGGAGCGCUCGAGACACAUUGUGAGGCAACCUUAGACCCGCGCCCAUCUGGACCGCGCUGUAUCCGUCUCGUUUUUCUGUUUUCAAGCCGACCACCUGGACGCGGUCAAACUGAAGCACCGUCACCGGGACCUGUUGGUGUGUGCUUUCGUCCCAAACACUCGUCAUGCCCUUUUUGAAGAGAAUUGCACCCGGACGAGUCCGCAGCAACCGGCGUUUGUGAACGGCCUCUGGCGUGUCAAGAGGCAAUUUAGAGGCAGCACAGGUGGUAAGCGUACGGAAUAGUCCAUGAGAAAGCGAGAAAGGGGAGAACGAGGGCCGCAAAAAUGGGAGCAUCGUUGAGGUGGUCGACAGAGUGGGAUAAUACGGAUGAGUAGUGUGUGUGUGUGUGUGUUUAUUUUUUCCCCCUUUGACAGUAAUGUAUGUUUUCGACCUAGACCCCCAGAGCUAGAC